CAAUAAACAAAUGUCUUAAAGACUUCACAUAUGUUCGCUUUUUUAACCGACGUCACAACUCCUCCAUACCAAAAAAUCUCUCAGAAUCCCUAAAAAUCCACUCGAAAAAAUGGCAGAAACAAUCAGCACCACCGUCUCACCGCCGCAUUCCGAAUCCGAGGGCUCCACCACCACAUUGCCCGCAACAACAACAACGCCAGAUCAGACAUCGGACGAAACCUCAAAAGCCGCAGAUCUGAAGAAGGAAGACUCGUCCGCCGCGGCGGAGACGAAGCCAGGAGGAGGAGGCAUCUCGCUCCGCAUCUGGCCUCCGACGCAGAAAACUCGCGACGCCGUCUUGAGACGCCUGAUCGAGACGCUAUCCACCGAAUCCAUCCUCUCCAAGAGAUACGGCACGCUCAGCUCCGACGAAGCCUCCGCCGUCGCUAAAUCCAUCGAGGAGGAAGCAUACGGCGUCGCGUCGAACGCUGUGUCCGAUGACGACGAUGGGAUCAAGAUCCUCGAGGUUUACUCCAAGGAGAUUAGCAAGAGGAUGCUUGAGACGGUGAAGGAUCGAUCUGCGGCGGCCACCGCGAACAAGGAAGCGGUUGAGGAUGUGAAGACCGAUGAUGCUGCGACGGAAGUUUCGAAGGACGAUGAAGCUCCUGAGUCGGAGAAGAGUGAGGCGUAACUACUAUAAUCUACCUAUUAGGGUUUCGCUAGAUUCGUAAGAGAUUCUCAGAGUUUAUUAUGACCGACAGAUCUGGUCUUGUAAUGACUUUGUGUGGAUUUGGUAUUUGCUUCCUUCUUCCUAA